AUGAAGCCCAAAGCAGCAACAGCUGUCCACAGUUUUUGCUUUGACUCGUGGUCACGAUCACGUAGCCGAAGUCGUUCGAAGACCCGAAGUCGCAGCAAGACUUAUUCGCCAGAUCGAGGCGAGGAGGGCCGACUUCAUGUUGCCAACAUUGAUGAGUCUGUGCGUGCACGCGAUCUGGAAGAGGCAUUCUCGCGAUUUGGCAAACUCUCCGAAGUAUGGGUGGCCAGCUAUCCGCCGCUCUUUGCAUUUGUCGUUUUCAAGAACAAAUCGGACGCAAACGAAGCUCUCUCAGCUCUGAACAAUACGUAUGUCUAUUAUAUUCGUCUCCAUUUCUCACUGAUUCUCAAAAACCUAUGGUUUUGA